AAGUAUAUUUGUUUGCUCAUCUCGCCCGUCGUUGACUGUGAUCGGGGUGGAUUUCUAAACCGCAACGGCACACUGUUCCCAGAACAUGAUCGCAUUCUCUUGCAUUCUUUCUUUCGCUGUCUAGCAACCGCGUUGCAAUAUCUACACAACAACAAGGUCAGACACAAGGAUAUCAAGCCCGGGAACAUCUUAGUCAAAGGCCAUACCAUUCUAAUGACAGACUUCGGUACAGCGAGAGAUUUCAAUGACAAAACCCGCGACACUACUGUUGGGAAGCCGGCACCCUAUACUCCAACUUACGCCACUCCAGAGGUGGUUGACUAUGCACCUCGCAGACUCUCCAGCGACGUUUGGAGUCUUGGAUGCGUCUUCCUCGACAUGAUUACUAUCCUCAAAGGCGACAUGGACGAGAAUCGGAAGUCUUUCUUCAGCAACAAGUCUACGAGCGGCACAAACCCUUAG